CUUAUCUUGUAACUCAACCAUGCUUCACAGAAGCAGUCUGGGGAAGCCAAACGCUCCAAAGACUUGCGAUGCAGCUUCAAUAUUUUAACCAAUUACCUAGAGUAAAUGAAGAAAUAGAGAAGGAUUGUUGUGGUAUUGGCUCAGAUUUUGGACUUUUCAAGUCUGUAGAAGUAAAAAAAGACCAGUCUUCUUGUGUCAAUUGGAGGGGGAGAAGAGCAGCGGUUUUGAUAUGCCUCUUUGAAGGUCAAGAUGGUGAAUUACGAGUUAUUCUUACAAAGAGAUCCAUGAAAUUGUCAUCUCACCCAGGGGAUGUAGCAUUACCAGGUGGGAAAGUGGAGGAAGGAGAUGCAGAUGACUCUGCUACUGCCUUAAGAGAAGCCAAGGAAGAGAUUGGCUUGGAACCUAAUCUAGUUCAAGUUGUUGCCACUUUGGAGACUUUUAUUUCCCAGCACUUGCUCAAGGUCGUCCCUGUUGUAGGCUUACUUGCUAGGAAAGGAGAUUUCAAACCUUCACUCAACAUUGAUGAAGUUGAUGCUAUUUUUGAUGUUCCACUAGAGAUGUUUCUCAAGGAAGAUAAUCAUAGAUGUGAAGAAAGGGAGUGGAUGGGUGAGAAAUACAAUCUUCAUCUUUUUGAUUUCAAAUCAGAGCAAGGGGUUUUUCUCAUAUGGGGUUUAACAGCAAGCAUUCUUAUUCAUGCCGCAUCUGUAAUCUACCAGCGGUCUCCAUUUUUCAAAGGGCACCUCCUUGACUUUCAACAGUUGCAAAGAUCACUGCAUCAUAUUCUAGCAUAACAUGUACAUAUAUGUGUUGCAGUAUAAUAUGCAUGUCACUUAAAAAGUGACACUGGAAAUAUAGUAAGCGAGAAGGUAUUUCAUACAUAGUGUUAGAUAUAUUAUGACUCAAAUCAUGAAUUGUAGGCUUAUGUACCUGUAGAACAAACAUAUUAACCUCAGGUUAGUUUAUAGUUAGCCUAGGGUUAGUCAAAUAUACUCUGAAAUAUAAAUCCUAUAUUGAGUUCAUUGUAACACAAGUACUUAAUAUAAUAUGUAGUUGUCAAUGACUUUCUCAUUGUGGACAUAGGUCAUUAGGUAGAACCACGUAAAUCUUUGUGUGUGGUCAAACCAGUUAAACUUUUGUGUGUGCUUUUCUUUUUCAUACUUAUUUGCUCA